AUUGAAACGAGCAACAACACGUGUUUAAAAAGUGAAAAAAUCUCAAGUUUUUAGCAAAAAACUUAAAAAAUAACUCUAAAAAACUAAAAUGGGACGCACAAAUAAAUCCCAUAAACGUCGCAAUGAAAAUGCGAAAGUAAAAAGGGCACGCUAUGAAAUCAAAGAGUUGGCUAUGCUCAAAAAAACCCUUGGCAUCAUGGACACCGAAGAUCCCGAAACUGUGGAACAACUAGCAGAGGUGGCCACAAUUAAAAGUGCCAAGGAAAUAAAACAAGAGAAAAAAUCCAAAGAAGAGGAACAACUUGAAUUUGAAUUGAAAGAAGAACGCCAUCAGGGUGAUAAAAUCACCAUUGUCAACGAAAAGACAGGCAAAACUCAUGUUUACAAUACGAAAACUCUUAAAGAUCAACAUGGUUCAUAUCCCGGCUGGUAUAAACCCCGCAAAACAGCCAAACGUAUACGCAAGAAGGAUCAUGCCCGCAGACUUAGAUUCAAGCAACAUUGGACCGUCACCAAUGUGCCAUUGUAAGGUGUCUUGUCUUCUUUGGUCAUGAUGUGGAUGCAAUUCAUUUGUUUAAAAUUUAAGCUGUGAAUACAGGUAGUCUUUAAGUCAUUUUCAAGUUUAUUUUUUCUUUUUGACAUUCAAGGGGGGGAACUUGUAGUAUCAAAUCUUUGGAACUACAUGUGUUUUGGGAAUUUUUCUAGAAAUAAUUGAAAAAAACAUACAAAAUAUUUUGUAGAGAUAAACUUAAAAACAAUUUAAUAAUAAAAAAAUGGAUAAAACAAAA